CUCACCCACGUGCACGUCCAUAAAGACGUGCACGCGCACGUUAUAUAAGCUACGCGACAGCUUGUUCGGUUUGCAUUGUUGUCGGAGCGAAGUCUGCGUCGUCUCGCGAGUGAGUUUAUGGCACCGACAAUGUCAUCGCGGACCGCGGUACGGGGGAUCGAGUUCACUUUGACCCUGCUGCUCGUGUCAUCCGCGCAGGCGGUCAACUACGAGGCUCAUAGACACGACGUGAUAGUAGCGAAUGAGGACGACAACAUAAUCCUGACGACCCGCGACUUUCUCGAGCAGCUGAAUUUCGUGGCGCCGAAAGAGAGUUACACGUUGCAAGAGGCGACGGAGCACUUGCUGCAGUUCGGCGCACUCCUGCGGGCGCGAAUACUCGACACCUUCGGCAGCCUCCUGUACGUCUAUUACGACGACUUCGGCAUAGCGGAAGUGGAGGCGUUGCGCAAAGUGUACCGCGAGAUUCUCGAGCGACGGUACGAUGUAUUCGACCUGGUCCCCAACGUCCUGAAGAAUCAGGACACGAGACCGUCCAGGAUCUGCGCCGAGAUCUACGAUCGCGCUACGGAUACCUGUCUGCGGAGUAGCGCGAGCAUGUGCCGCAGAAUCAGGAAUAAGCAACACGAUAUCUCGCAUCCCGACGAUCGCGACACGCCCGCGUUGAAUGUCACGUACCGGAUGUACCGUUCGUCCAAGAUAUCGAAGCAGUAUCCCGGAGGUUUCUCGCUGGCGACGACGCUGAGGUUUCUGCAACGGGAAGCGCUGACGAUCACGCCCAAUCUGCUUUCCGGACUCCUCUGCAACGUGAGGUACGAGAACUACGACGACGACGUGCGCCUCGCUGAGAAGGAACUCGUACGACACUUUCACGAAACCACGGAGACUGAAAUUUCGAUUCCCACGAAGGAGCUGAGGAAGUUCCACACUGUCAACUCCUUCCUCAAGCACUACAUCGACACGUACGCCGAGAAAUCUCUGGACAAUGAUCUGAAGAAGCACGCGUUCCUCAUUGCGAGACGCAUUACCGACGACGUCGGCACGAUCGACGAGAAUAUCCACUUGCUCGGCAAUGCGUACGAGAACGGAACGAUUCACAUCGGAUACCUGUUCGAUCUCGUGCUACCCGACGAUCUACUUGAGAACGACGUUAUCGAGGCUAAGAAGUACUUAGUGACGAAAUUAAACGAAUUCAACGUGGUGGAGAAAUAUCUCAGGGUGCAAAAGUAUCAGCAGAUCACUCCCGCUCAGCUGACGAUGGAGAUCACUGGGCAGCUGAGAGAUAUCGACUUCGCCAAGAGCAUCGCGACAUCGCUGCGGAUGCACGCGAGAUUCUGGCGCGGGAGUCGCAUGAUCGAGAGCCUCGACGAUCUGCUGGAGCUGUUCGACUCCUACGAAAAUCUGCGGCAAGUGCCACGCUAUGCGCGCAUGAUGCGGAAGAUUGACGGGAUCAUCGAGAGUCUACGGGAUAUGAAAGACGUCCCCGUUGAGAUUCUUUGCAACGCUCCGCGAGCUUGCCUACGAAUAGGUCUGCAAUUGGUUUUACGUUGCAGAUUCAUAAGUUCCGAAAUCAAGGAGUACAUCAAGGGCUUCCUCGAGUUGAGCAACGUGUGCAUCUACCCCGUGAUACCCCCGGAAUCGAGACGUUCGGUGGAGAUCCCGUUCAGGAUAUCGAAAGUGCGUUACAGUACAGCGUUUCAAAAUAGGAGCACGUUUAUCGGCAAGGUUCCGACUCCACCCAGCGUCGUACUGCACAGAUCCAAAACGUCGGUCAAAAUUAGAGUUCCAACGGAACCCUGGGACACUACGGAGUUUACCAGCACGAUUACACCGAUGACUACGCCCAUAAAGCCAAUCUCGACGACCCAUCGUGAAGAGACAACUACACCCAUAACGAGUACUACAGCGGCAACAACUACACCGUUAGCUACAACGUCACCCACAACAACUACGACAUUACCUACCACAACGACUACAACAACAUUGCCUACGACGACCACAACAUUACCUACGACGACUACAACAUUAUCUACGACUAUAACAACGUUGCCAACAACAACUACGACAUUGUCUACGACGAUCACUACGACGUUACCCACGACGACUACCACUCUAUCGCCCACGACAACUACUACGGAAUUGCCCACGACGACUACGACAACGUUGCCCACGACAACUACUACGGCAUUGCCCACGACGACUACCACUCUAUCGCCCACGACAACUACUACGGCAUUGCCCACGACGACUACCACUCUAUCGCCUACGACAACUACUACGGCAUUGCCUACAACAACUACUGCAACAACAUCGCCUACGGUUACGACAAAGCGACCGACCAUCGACGUGAAAAUGAAACUGAAACGUUCGACAGUCAGGACAGUUACCUUUCCGUAUGACAGAAAGCCUACAGAAAACGUGACCGUAUUUAUUACGACACCUAUCCCGACGACACCCUGCGAGUCUAUCGAAUGCAAGUCAACUAGCAAACGUGUCGAAACGACAACCGCUCUGCCCUCGACGACGCAAUCUCUGACGACGACGACGACGAUGCAGACUUCUACUCCCGAAAUUACUCGAACAACGUCUCCUGGACCACCAUCAACCUAUCGAGACUUCACCGAGCCUACGGCUUCUUCGACGACAGAUGUUACGCCGGUUACAAAAGGCGACUGUCCGAAGAGCUGCCUGGAACGCUGUAGACCCAAGAGUGAGAGCUUCGAGCCGCCGUCGAGAAGAAGCUCCUGCGACACAAGCUGCGAUUCCGUGACGGAAGAUUGCGAGGAUGAUACCUCCAAGGAUUCUCUGGAAUGCAAACUGGAGAGCGACGGGAAUUGCGAGUGCCCUCCCAAGGAAGAAAAGAGCAUCGAGUGUAUGACGUUGUGCCCUCCGGACAGCUUGUCGUGCGAAGAAGCCCAUGGCGACUGCAUAACGUCGGUGGUACCGUCGAUCGACAUGAAGCUUCGACGCAACAUGAAGCGGACACGCAGCAUGUGCGAGAUCCGGGAUCCCCAUCGUCGCCGUCAGUUGAAACGGCUGGCGAAGAUGCGGGCGAUCAGCGCCGCCUCCGCCACGGUCGCGACGUCGCGCGUCGACGUUCUCAGGCCGACGACGUCGCGCCAUCGAGAUCGGAUCGCGACCAAAAAGCUGUACAAUCUAUUAGCCACCAAAUUACCCCAUUCCAACGAUAGGAAGAUGGCGGAAUACUUGCUGAAGAGACCUCACGACGGCGGGCUGAGCGGGAACGACAAAGAUCGAAGACGUCGCAGACAACGGCAGCAGGUCUACAGGCAGGGGAGAGGACGGCUGACGAGAAAAUUCAGCGGAAAACUAAGCCGAGGGACAACGGUGCAUCGCACGAGAGGGGCCGCGUCAUUUCGCCAUAGUCAGAUCAAAAGGAUAUCCGGGGGCGACGCGAGAUCGAUCAGCGCGUAA